CUCGACGAUCAAUCGUAUCGAUACCCUUAUCAGUCCACUCAGUAACUUUGGGCAGUACCUUGUGUUCGCUGAAUAAGUCUUCAGGUCGAGUAUAAUGUCUCUUGGCUUUGAUAAAUUGGUCGAUGAGAAUUGGAUCCUUGGCUUUGAUAGACAUCCCACGAAGUGUACAGUAUGUACGGAGUAUGGACAUGUGGUCCUUCAAGGAUUGGCCUCCGGAGGUAACGGAGUACUGGAGGAUCGUCGAGGCGAAAAUGCUUAUGAAAGCUUACGCCUUGAGCUUCUCGUACCCUUACAGAGCCCGAAAGCCCGAGAGUCCUUGGUUGCUGGUGAGGCUGAUAAGGAAUAGGGAACUGCAUACGGAGUACCCAGGUUCUCCAUUGGCAACACCUUGUUAUUGUUCAGUACAUCAAUAGGCCAUUGUGGAGUGACUCGGGCUUUUGCUGGGCGUCAAGGCUACCACUAUCAUUGUGUCUCUGGGGUGCUUCAAGGUCAGUUAGGCACCAUGUGGUUCGUUUGUACGUGCCCAAAUCACAUAGGUGCCUCAGGGAGCCUACACCGUAUCUCAACAGUGGUGAUACAACAAUCACAAACUACUUAUAUAUAUAUAGACGGAGAGGCUAUUUCGUACCCUACAGAAUCACAAGCAUGAUGAAGCCUCGGACAUCCCCACGAUGCCAAUGUGCUGAUAUGGGGUAAGUUCUUCUGAUGUAACUCCGUAUCAACGUUGAUGUCCACCCAAGUAUCAGCGCGGCGACCAGACCUUCGGUGAUACGAGCAAACUCCUGCUUCAUCGGCGAGUGGUCCCUUACGAAACCUUUCCCUUAUCAGGAUCAGAGGCCUCUACAAAAGCAGCGGACUCGAUCGCACAGAGAGUUGACUAGUUGAGACCCCGGAAAGAUAGCAUCAACCAUGGCGAAAGUCGAGGACGGACACCUACCUUUUGUGGAAUCUGCAAAACCAUUGCAUAACAGUAUCCCAGACCAUCUAGCUCCCAACUUCGAGCCGGCAUUCCUCGAAUACUACAACAAAUACACUGCCGGUCGCCUGGCCACUCAUCAAGUGCCCAUUGAGAAAUUUCGAGCCGAUCCGGCCAAGUAUACCAUCACCUACGGCAGGGAUGGUGUUCCUAGCGACGGGGUUACAUGGUCCGACCUGAAAUGUCCCGUUGAUGGGGGAGAAAUUACGGUUCGAGUCUUCGAACCUGCCUUCUCGUCCACCGACAAACCUAGGCCGGUAUACAUCAACUACCACGGCGGUGGCUGGGUCUUUGGUGGGUUGGUCACCGAUUUUGAUUUGUGCAAACGGAUUGUGCGCGAGUUGGGCUGUGUAGUGUUCGAUGUCGAUUAUCGGUUAUCACCAGAGUACAAGUUUCCAAUUCCUGUCAACGACUCCAUUGCAGCUUUCCACUGGAUUCGAGACACCAAAGCAGAAGAAUAUGGCCUGGACGUCUCCCGCAUCGCCAUCGGAGGUGCUUCAGCCGGUGGUCAGUUGAGCGCCGUCAUCGGCCACGUCUGUCGCGACGCUGGCAUCCCGCUCGUGCUGCAGAUUCUCGCCGUGCCCGUCACAGACCUGCACGUCUUUACCGCCGAAGGGCCGAUUCGAAAGGACCAUCCGUACGCGUCGUACAAUGAACUCGCGGACACUCAACCUCUGUCUCUGGAAAGGAUGGAGUGGUUUCACAAACAGUUUCUCGGCUCGCCCAGACCAGAUCAUCUGGCGAACGAGUGGAAAGUGUCCCCCAUACUCGCCCCCAAUUUCGCGGAUCUGGCUCCGGCUCUGAUCUUGACCGCAGACAUGGACGUCCUGAGGGACGAAGGUGAAGCGUAUGCGGAAAAGAUGAAACGGGCGGGUUGUACCGUGGAACUGGUCAGAUUCAAGGGUGCGCCUCAUACUUUUAUGCAACUAGACGGUACGUCCUCACUUUUGGGUGACUUUUUCUUGUGCCGGACCGGAGAAAUAAAUGCUGACAUUAUUACUUCGUGUGAAAAAGCGAUCCUUGAAUGCGGUAAAGAGUUCAACAGGAUCGCAUUGGCGGCUCUCGAGAAAGCAUUCGAACUUUGAUCAGCCCAUUCUCUUUUUUUUUCUCAGCCGCAUCAGCCCGCCUGUUCCCACAGUCAAAAAGUCUGGCUUAUGAAAAGGGAUUCAAUGAUUACUAUUGGGGAGGAUGUACGGAGUACGAAGUGGAUGAUCUCGGCCUUGAAGUUUGAACGGCCCCCGAGCAGAUAGGAAGGGGGGGCCUUGCAGACCCCCUCGGCACAGGUGCUCCGGUGCAAGUACCCGCCACUGUAAUAAUGCACGGAUACGGAGAUAUUAUUUAUUCUACGAGGCUUCCGGUGAUGAUAACUUGGGUUUGUUCCCGGACCCGCUCUCGCGACACCUUCUUGCACCCUUUGCCUCUCUUUAGUAUUCCUUGCUCUCCACUAUAUCCGUCCGUAACAGCCCCCUUUCCAUCCGUACUCCUACACUUUCAAUUUUUUCGAGCCCACAGAGUUGAAUGAUUCGUGCCGUAAAUGUUCA